AUGCAAGAAGCUCUGACACGGAAAAUGGGACAACCUGAAGGUUCAAGAGGAAUGCCUCUCUUUGAGGGGCGUGAAGAAAGAGGCACUCGGUACCGGAUCUUCAGGUUUGCGUUGGGCGAGAGGAAGUUCAAGAACGGUAAAGUCUGGGAAGUGAAGGCAGGACGGGAAUUUCUUGGUCAAUCCGAUGGGGUACGCCAAGGAGGGGGAACGGAGCCACUGAACCCAUCCGGGUAAGUGUAAACCCAGCCCUGGUUAUAUUGGGGAAAGGGAAGGUCUGAGUUCUUCACCAGGAAGGGAAAAGCGGAUACCAGAUGGUCGAGCCGCCCGGAAACACUUCAGGGGUGCACUGGCAGGCACGACAUCUCCACCGUGUUUGUUGACAACUCUAUCGACAGUAGGAUCAGCGUCUCAGUGAAUAAAUUGUUGAAACCGAUCCGAUGUGCAGCUGCCAGCAGGUACAAGUACACUGGCAAAAGAGCCCGGGGGGAAGGUUUGCAGUGA